CGACUGGUCCCUUCCCCGGCCAGUGGCCGAGGGGGCAUGAUGGAGUGGGAGCGCGGCUCAGCCGCUCCCCGGCGGCCGCGGGCGGAGGACUUGACUCACGGACCCUAGAUGCCGGCUAGGCAUGAGCUCGGGCAAGAGUGCCCGCUACCACCGCUUCCCUGCCGACCUGCCUGCCCCAGACGCCACCACUGCUGCCGCCGGGACCAGGAUGGAGACGACCUUUGGACCUGCCUUCUCAGCUGUCACCACCGUCACCAAAGCCGAUGGCACCAGCACCUACAAACAGCAUCGCAGGACCCCGUCCUCGUCCAGCACCCUGGCCUUCGCCCCGAGGGACGAGGAGGACAGCAUGCCCCCCAUCAGCACUCCGCGCCGUUCCGACUCGGCCAUCUCCGUGCGCUCUCUCCACUCCGAGUCCAGCGUGUCCCUGCGCUCUGCGUUCUCACUGCCCGAGGAAGACGAGGAGCCAGAACCGCUGGUGUUCGCUGAGCAGCCGUCCGUACAGCUGUGCUGCCAGCUGUGCUGCUGUGUGCUCAAGGACCCCGUGAUCACCACGUGCGGGCACACCUUCUGUAGAAGAUGCGCACUCAAGUCAGAGAAGUGCCCCGUGGACAACGCCAAGCUGACGGUGGUGGUGAGCAACAUCGCGGUGGCCGAGCAGAUUGGGGAGCUGUUCGUGCACUGCAGGCACGGCUGCCGCUCGGUGGGCCUCGGGAAGCCCAGUGCCUACGAGGUGGACCCCCGGGGCUGCCCCUUCACCAUCAAGCUCAGUGCCAGGAAGGACCACGAGAGCAGCUGUGACUACCGCCCUGUGCGCUGCCCUAACAACCCCAGCUGCCCGCCCCUCCUGAAGAUGAACCUGGAGGCCCACCUGAAGGAAUGCGAGCACAUCAAGUGCCCCCACUCCAAGUACAGGUGCACGUUCAUCGGGAACCAGGACACCUACGAGACACACCUGGAGACGUGCCGCUUCGAGGGCCUGAAGGAGUUCCUGCAGCAGACGGACGACCGCUUCCACGAGAUGCAGGUGGCGCUGGCCCAGAAGGACCAGGAGAUCGCCUUCCUGCGCUCCAUGCUGGGCAAGCUCUCGGAGAAGAUCGACCAGCUGGAGAAGAGCCUGGAGCUCAAGUUCGACGUGCUGGACGAGAACCAGAGCAAGCUCAGCGAGGACCUGAUGGAGUUCCGGCGGGAUGCGUCCAUGCUGAACGAUGAGCUGUCCCACAUCAAUGCGCGGCUCAACAUGGGCAUUCUUGGAUCCUACGACCCCCAGCAGAUCUUCAAGUGCAAGGGGACCUUUGUGGGCCACCAGGGCCCCGUCUGGUGUCUCUGCGUCUACUCCAUGGGUGACCUGCUCUUCAGCGGCUCCUCAGACAAGACCAUCAAGGUGUGGGACACGUGUACCACGUACAAGUGCCAGAAGACGCUGGAGGGCCACGACGGCAUCGUGCUUGCGCUCUGCAUCCAGGGGUGCAAGCUGUAUAGCGGCUCAGCGGACUGCACCAUCAUCGUGUGGGAUAUCCAGAAUCUGCAGAAGGUAAACACAAUUCGGGCCCACGACAACCCUGUGUGUACACUGGUCUCCUCACACAACAUGCUCUUCAGUGGCUCCCUGAAGGCCAUCAAGGUCUGGGACAUCGUGGGCACGGAGCUGAAGUUAAAGAAGGAGCUUACAGGCCUGAACCACUGGGUGCGGGCACUGGUGGCUGCCCAGAGCUACCUGUACAGCGGCUCCUACCAGACAAUCAAGAUCUGGGAUAUCCGGACGCUAGAAUGUGUCCAUGUGCUCCAGACGUCAGGGGGCAGCGUCUACUCCAUCGCUGUGACCAGCCACCACAUCGUCUGCGGCACCUAUGAGAACCUCAUCCACGUGUGGGACAUCGAAUCCAAGGAGCAGGUGCGAACCCUGACGGGCCACGUGGGCACUGUGUACGCCCUGGCGGUCAUCUCAACGCCAGACCAGACCAAAGUUUUCAGCGCAUCGUAUGACCGGUCCCUCAGGGUCUGGAGCAUGGACAACAUGAUCUGCACGCAGACCUUGCUUAGGCACCAGGGCAGCGUGACAGCACUGGCCGUGUCCCGAGGUCGGCUCUUCUCGGGCGCUGUGGACAGUACCGUCAAGGUGUGGACCUGCUGAUGGAGAGCGUGGGCUGGGCCUCGGCCUCCCCUGGGCGUGUCUUGAGCCAGCUGGCCACACGGGUGACCUCAGGGCUCUGGCUGCUCCAGGGGUAUCUGGGGAGCAGGCAGGGCAGUGCCCUCCUGGCCCACGCUCAGUGGCUUCCCUACUGCUGCCCUGACAAUGCCCAGCGCUCUCCCCUGGGUGCCAGGUACGAUGCUCGGCCGGCCCGACCUGGCCCCUCCCGAGGUGGAGGGUGGGCCUUUUUACUCCUGUUUUUCUACUAUUUUUUCGACUGUACAUACAUUUGAUUACUCCCAGCUGGAAAUAAACGCACAGACCUUG